UAUAAUAUUGCAGCACUCCGAUGCACCAGCAAGAAUCUCUUGGCACAAGAGUCAGACGGGCACCCCAGCGACCUGCCCAGACGGCCAGACGGUUUGAGAGAGAGAGAAUAAGGGGAAAGGAAGAAAAACAGACUGUGUUCAGAGGAAAAGAGAAGAGAAGAGAAGUGAAGAGAGGAGAGGAUCGAGAGACUACGAAAAGAACGUGUAUAGGAGAAGAGGCGUCCGGUUAUUCGUUAGUAUAGCAGAGGCGGGCAACGCGAGUGGUUCGAUCGGAGAUAAAGACAGGCGUUGUUAGUUCCGUGACUCCUGUCCUCCCGCAGGCUGUGGGCCUGGACCAAAUAGCCUGUUCGCGUUAACAUAAACAACACUCGUAUUUUGACUAUUCGGAUUGUGGAGACUUACAGCAAAAUUCAUAUCCACAGUACACAGGACCACUAACUACAACUAUACAUACUCAUAAAAAAAAGGAUCAAUUUCUGCAUCCGGCACCGCGUGCAGGACGAGCCGAACGUGAUGCAGCGGGCCGUAGCCCUGGCAGCAGUAGCUGCCCUGGCAUCGGCACUACGUUUGCCUCUCGGGGGUCGGGUCGACGCGCGAAGGGCCCGUCACCGGCCGGACGGCGACAUAUCUCUGUGGAUCGAUCAACAACAGGUGAAAAUGUUCAGUGGCAUGGAAAUGGAGAUAUAUGCGAUUACGGAAGGGACGGUGUUGUCGUACCUCCUUGACCCGGAGUUUGAAAGUAAAUUGCCGAUAAUACCGAGUGAGGUAUCGUACGUGAACUUUACAUGGAAAUCUGGGGUGAAAAGGUAUUACUACAACUUUUAUCGGCUCAAGUCAUUCGAUGAGUCCAUACUCAAAACACCCUCCAUCACUAUAAAACAGCGGGGAAGAGUCCCCAAGAGACCCAAGGAAUUUAGCAUUCUCCUGCCAUGUUCGGGAAAUAGUUCGGGUGUAGCUCAGUUCAAAAUUGGGUUGAUAAUCGAGACGCGGAAGGGCCUUCCUUUGAAUGGAACCCCUUUACGUUUCAGCCUACGAAAGGAAUGCGCUGUACGUGAAUCGAAUCCCGGACCGUGUCCAGACGGAUACUUGGGACCACCACACUGCAAAAAAGCGCUGUGCUAUCCGAACUGUAUGAAUGGUGGAAAUUGUACGGCACCAGGAGUUUGCUCUUGUCCCCCAGGGUUCCAAGGACCUUAUUGCGAAGGAGGUAUCUGCUCGGAGAAAUGCUUGAAUGGAGGCAAAUGUGUGCAAAAGGACACCUGUGAGUGUCCAAAGGGAUAUUUUGGCCUACACUGUGAAUUUUCCAAAUGUGUCAUUCCUUGUUUGAACGGGGGAAAGUGCAAAGGAAAUAAUGUGUGCCGUUGCCCGCAAGGAUUCAAAGGUGAUCAUUGUGAAAUUGGAAGGAGAUCCCCACAGAGAUCAGCGUGUAGUCGACCCUGCCGCAAUGGCACGUGUCAACUGGACAAUACCUGCCACUGUGAACCUGGUUGGUUUGGAAAAUUGUGCAACAAAAAUAAACCGUGGGCCUAAGUGAUCUGUUUUUAAUCGCUAAUCUUGCAAUAUAUAUAUAUAUAGAUAUAUUUAUAUAUGUAUGUAUUUUGUGCUGUCCCCACCAGAGAUGUGAUAUGUAAAGCUACUUUACACCAAUAUUAUAAUAAUAACGAUUGUUGUUGUUCUUAUUGCUAUUAUUGUUUUUUUCGUUUGUUAUAAGAUAUAUUAUUAUAGCGAUUGUAUAAAACAAGUAAUAAAGGUUCUUUUUCCUUUUAA